AUGAGAAUCCAAGAUUUCUGGAGGGUUGUACCACUGGUACUCCUCCUGGUUUUCCUGAUUCGGGCAGAGGAAAUUGAGAAGGAACCCGUUGGCCAAAACUUGAUUCUUCUGCUAAUUGAUGGUUACGGAGCCAGCCUGUAUAAUCGGACGGAUCCAAAGCUUCAGAAUGGCGCUCAAAUGUUGAUCAAGAAUGGCGUCCAGGCCGAGUAUCUGAAGCCAGUGUUCCCCUCCCAGAGCUAUCCGAAUUGGUUCAGCUUGAACACGGGUGAGUCUUUUUUCUUUCGUAAUCGUAAAUUAUUUAAGUCCGUCAGUGUAAAGUGAUUUGAUGUGGCCGCGAAACUUUUUUAUCUCCUGCCGGAACCCAAUAAAACAAGAAAUAACAAGGUGUAUUUUUUCUAGGGUUAUAUGUAGAAAACCACAACUUCACGGCCGAUUUCAUGUACGAUCCAAAGCGUGACGUCUACUUCCAGAGGGAUGAGGGCGCGAAUGACACGGACUAUCAAUGGUGGAGUGGAGGGCCUGACCCGAUUUGGUACACAGCAGGAAAGAAGCAUGUGGAUGUUCAUUGUUAUUGGUAUGCAAACUGUCAUGUAAGAAAGUGUCGGAGAAAGAAUACUCUUUCCAGAGACCUCAUGGUGACAUGAUGGUUCAAGUCCCCAAGACCCGACAGCACAGUUUCAAGAACGAAAAGAGCUAUGAUCUGUUCGCAUAUCUGCCUCGCAUCAUGAAACAUAUCAAGAAAUACCAAGUAUAUCGCCAACAACUGGUCUUACUCAGAUAUAACGGCCUUUCCAAAGCCCUCAGGUUAUUUGGAGAUGACAGUGAUGCCGGAAAACAAGCCCUGGCGAGCGCAGAUGCUCAGAUCAGGAAGAUUCAGGUAGAGUGACAAAUCAGAUGUAUAUUAAUCAAAAUAAGUGUUCUUUUUAUUGGAUGUCAUUAAUCAUAUUUCAGGAGGAAAUGGAGAGUCAUGAGUUAUUUGAUUCCACCAAUCUGAUUGUACUCUCGGAUCAUGGCUUGAAACGGAUAAGUGAAGACCACCAAUUCUUCCUUGAAGAAUGUCUGACUGAUAUCACAAAGAUCAAGAGAGUUGUAAACAAUCUUGCUUUCACAUUUGUCUAUCCAGAACCGGAAGCAGAGGAUUCGGUCUACUUUGAAUUGAGGGUAUGCGAUCAAUGGGCGGCGAUGGGUGAUUAUGAUGAUGAAGACGAACCCUCGGUGGCUGUAUACAGGAAAAAUGAGAUUCCUGAAAAAUAUCAUUGGAAAGGCGCCAGAUUCAUUGCACCCAUUGUACUAGUAGCCAAGCCUGGGGCUGUUAUUCUUACUGUAAGUAUACUAUGGAAUGAGUGUAUUCGUGGCGAAGGUAGUCGAAACGUGACGUCAAAACUACAUUUUUAGACUCAAAUCCCUUCAACUGAUGUCAGUGAAGCCCAAGGCCGAGAGCUUAGAAUGAUCGGAGGUUGGGAUAACGAAGAACAAGAUUUAAGCGGCAUUUUUAUGGCCCGUGGACCAGGUAUAUAAGUGUUUUCUCACCAAACAACCAAUCUUUCAGCCUUCAAACAAGACUACAAAGCGAGUCCCCUCGACCUUGUAGAUGUCUACCAAUUGGCAUUGAACAUUAUUGGAGUUGAGGCAGGCCAUCCCCAUAACGGAAGCUGGGAACAUGUUGAAGAAUUGUUGGCUGAUGGCUGGGAAGAUCGGCAGGUCGAGCCGGACGGAGAGAUGGGCCUGCUCCCCAGUCUGACCUUGACCUUGGUGGCACUGAUCAGUUUAUGGCAUCAAUGA